CCUAGUUACAGUAGCUAACGAACUUCUGUGCAGCGAGGUGGACAGUUGAAAGAGCCUGUUUUAGCUCUUAUCUUCAAACUCUGUCUUUCUGAACUGCAUUUGGAGAUAUACAGAGAAAUAAAAUGAAGUACGUCAGCUUUGUGUUUUGGUGAUUUAGCCUGACAGUGUCGCGGUCGCGCAUGUUUUGAUGUGAAUGUCAAAAGGUUCCAUUGAAUGAGGGCAUAUUUGGAAGACACACUUCAGAAAUGUACAGCCCCAAAGAGCUAGAGGGAGAAGUGGACCACUCGUUCUUUGACAGUGACUGUGAAGCUAGUGGACUUGGUUCUGAGGAUGGGCAGCUCAAUAAACAGAAGGCCACGGAAAGACAAGAUGAGAAAACCGGUAAAGAAACCCAUGUUUCAGUGGAUCAGAUAGGAAGUGAAGCUCAAAGUGUAAGGAACAGUAAAGAUGAAGCCAAACUGGAGGAUGAUUCAAACCGGGGCAGCAAGGGGCAAAGUGAAGAGACAAAAUAUGAAAGAGAGCGACAAAGUAGAGAUGGAUUUUUCAAAGGCUCUUCAUCACUCCCAAGUGCCAAAAGCCCAGAGACUGUGAACAACAGCCAAUCAGAUGAAGGAUCUAGUCUGCAUUCAUACUCAUCUGAUGAGGAAAGAGAGCUGGAUGAUGAUUUUAAACUCAGUAGAACCAAUGUUAGUGUUAACAGCGACGAUGAUGGAUACCAUCGUAGUGACGAUGAAAGUGAGGAGGAUAUGAGAUCGCCAGUCACGCGAUCAAUGAAACAUAAGGUAUUGUCCCACGGAACACCUAAAAAAUCUGCUGGAAAAUUCCACAAGCUGAGCCGUAGCUAUUCCUCCUCAUCUGACCCUGAGUCCUCCCACAGUAGUGAAGAGAGAAGCUCUUUUCAAUCUCAGAAAUCACCUGUAAAACAUCAGCGGGUCGGUUCAGCUUACCAGGAAGAACAACAAAAAGAAACGGCAGAAUCUGAAGACACAGUUACUGAUGUUACCCCUCUCUCGACACCAAAUGUUAGUCCUUCCCAGUCCAUUGAUGUGGUUCUGCCCUCUGAACCUGUGGCAACAGAUGUUCAACAGCAACAACAGCCCAGUGUUACUGAGAAGAUGGUUGCGAAUGAUGUUUCGGGUGCUCAGGACAGUAUAAGUUCCGAAGGAGAGGAUGGACCAGUGUUUUUAAAAGUAGAGAAACAAUUAAACAGAGUACUUAUGGUCUCCAGCCCUGGCAGUGUUGGCAGCAGCCGUAAGAACUAUUCCUUCACAAAUAAAGAGGUACGGGAGAUCGACCGGGAGAACCAGCGGCUAUUAUGUGAACUGUCCCGGUCAUCGGCACGUUCACGUAGCGACAGCUCUGCCUGCUCCAAAACCAGCAGUCGCAGGAGUAGUGCACCACCUAUACGCCUUUACCACAACACCCUCAACAGACAACGAGAGCAAGAGCGAAUUCAGAAGGAAAACCUGGCGUUCCUGAAGCGUCUAGAAUCUGUGAAGCCCACUCCUGGCAUGACCCGAGAUGAACAACUAGCUGAUUACCAGCGGCAGUGCCGAUACCUGGGAACACACAAUACAGCUAUUCCACCAGUCAAACUCAAGUCCAGCAAAACAUCUGGAAGGACUUCAAGACCUGGCAGUAGUCCUCACAAAUCUAGACCGGAAACCGCUAAACUCAGCAGAACAACACCACGGCCUGAAUGGUCCUGAUCCUCAUAUUUUUUCCUUCUCUUUCUCUACCCCCAACAUUUUCACUUACAUGUUCUGCUCUGACUGUAAGUAGAAAAUAUGACUGCAGGUCUCAACACAACACAUUCUGGAUAAAUGUUUCAAAACAGCUUGAGCUCAUGGUAAUUUGUCCAGGUGUGGAGUGAAAUAAAUUAAAAUACUUGUAAGAAAAUCUACACAGCUCAACAAUCUGCUAAAUAAUUUGACAGUGUGCGGCUUUUUUUUAUAUAUGUAAUUUUUAGAUAUGGAAAGAGACUAAAUUAAUUCAAUCAACACUGCUCGGGACCAUAAAGUGUGACCAUCCAUUUUCUGAGACAUUCAAAAGUAAACUAGUGCCUAUAUGUGACAGACAGCAAAAAGACUAUAUGUAUGUUUAAGCGGUCGGUGUAUUGUAAAGCCAUUGCUGCGGUUAUCAGAAUAAUUAAUUGCGUGACACAUCUGUCAGAAACUAAGUCUAAUGUGAAAUAAAGCUUUAUUAGUUAUGGUAAUUUUCAGUGUUACAUUUUUCGGAAAGUAAAAGUGAUUUGUUUAUUGACCCAGCUGUAUGACACUUGAAUACUUGGCAUGCUGAUAUGAAGUGACACACAUGCACAGACAGUGUCCCGUCUGUUACAAUGAAUGUAACAAUUCUAGUUAUUCACCUGUCACUCCUAAAGUGCUUUUGAAAAGGCUGACUGACACUUGCUGACACAUGGCAGACUAACAAGCUAAUUAUGCAAGAGCACAGA